AUGGUGAUUAUAAAUGGGUAUAUGCUCAGGAUUAUAUAUCUUAAUUACUAAUUAUUAAUAAGAAAAUAAUAUUUUAUACCUAAGAACCUUCAAAAAGUUCCAUUGAUAAUGUUGUUUUUCAACUUAAGUAUCUUAGAAAAGUGCUUAGACUAGAAAUACUAAUUAAAAACUCUAAGAACUUUUCUAACAAGUGUUGUUGAUAAUGUUGCUCUAACGUUCGCAUUACGGCAUAUGCUACUAUAUACCUCAGUUUUACGUUGAAUCCAUUUUUUAUUUCAAUGAUCGAUUAAGAACGAUCUUUAAAAAUAGUUAUUAACUUGUGGUUCGCAUCCUUUUGCUUUAAAUUGAUGAUUUCAUUUUAGAUUAUCAAAGCUCGAGAAGAUAAUCAAUGUUUCUGUUCUCUACAGAUUUUUCGGAGACAUGAUUGUCUGAACGUAACAUAGAUUUUGAUUAACAGAUACAUAGACUCUUUGAAGCUAAUAGAGACUCAUCUAUUUACAAAAAAAUGCCGUGUUUGGAUACGCAAGAUUGGAGUUUAACUGAUCUCAUAGGCGCAUUUCUGAAUCUCACCAUAGCUUAUUUGCUUCUCUGCACAUCUCUUUUUAUACACGUUGUCUUGAGAUCUAUAGGGCUUCUAGGUUUCUCUCUUCCAAGAUUCCACAACGGACGUUUCGGUGAUCCAAACAUGUGCAUUGAAGGGAAUCUGGUGGCUUGUGCAUCAGAGAAAAUCUCAUCCGUAGAUAGAUUGAUCAAAAGCAAGAUCCCUUUUGGUUCCAUUACUAGUGAUGAUGAUGAUUCGAAACGGUUUGUUGAAAUGAAGCUGGUGAGAAAGAACAGUGGUGAUGUAAGUAAUGCUAGGGUUAAGGAUGAAACAGAGGAAGAUGCAUCAAGAGAUGAACAGGGAGUGAAAGGUAAGCGUUUUGUUACCCGAAGACCAAGAAAAGGUCUUAAGAACCCUAGGAGAUGCCGUGUGGAUUACGGAAGUCUUGGAUCCGUUUCUUCACUAGAAGCCUUCGAUGAAACCGUAAAACAUCCUUUGAUGCAGCCUUAUGAUCAUGCCUUUAUCAGAGCUAAAGAGGAAAGGUGUUCCAACGAUGAUGACUGCAAAGAUGAUGUAAAGAAAGAAGAGAGGAUUAGCCCGUCUCAUUGGCCGGAACUUGAAAAAACUGUAUCACUUAAUUCGUCAGCAAGUCUAUGUUUUGUAAGAAAUGUAGAGGAAAAAUCUAUUAAUGAGUUAGAGGAAGCAUUGAAAAAAGAGCGAGCUGCUCGAGCAGCGGUUUGUGUUGAGCUAGAUAAAGAGAGAAGCGCAGCAGCAUCAGCAGCCGAUGAAGCCAUGGCGAUGAUACACAGGCUGCAAGACGAGAAGGCAGCCAUAGAAAUGGAAGCCAUGCAGUUCCAGAGAAUGGUCGAAGAGAAAUCUACGUUUGAUGCUGAAGAGAUGGUCAUACUCAAAGACAUUUUGAUACGUCGUGAGAGGGAAAAACAUUUCUUGGAGAAAGAAGUCGAAGCUUAUAGAGAUCUACUCGUUGAGGCAGAGGAAUCUGAAUGUUCUUUACCAAAAGAGAACCAAAAACAAGAACCACCUCAAGAGCGAAGAGCUUUGCUUGUUCAAGAACAUGAUGGAACGGUUCUUGACAUGCAUUAUAGGGAAGAUAAGAACAGAUAUUUGUAUACGUCGGAUUCAGAAGUUGCGUAUUCACGUGUGCGUGACGUUUACAUGGUGAAGGAAGAAAAAGAGAACGUGGAGAAAAAGAAGACUUUAGAAGAAUCUUCUGCUAGCAAUGGUAUCAUUGUCUCGGGGAUAGCUAGAAAGCUUCCUCCACUGUGUCGACCACGCAAACAGUCGCUAAGCUCUUCGGGUUCAAGGAGGAAGUCGAUGUCUGCGGUUGAUUAUGAGAGGUUAAAGAUUGAGAAUGAAGUGGAGCUGUUGAGAGAAAGAUUAAAAGCUGUUCAAGAGGAAAGAAAAGAGCUUACAAGGCGAGCAUCUUUGCCUCCUUUAUCAUCAAAGGUGAGUCGUCAAAAGAAGUUUCCAAAACUAUAUGUUCUAAUUAUUCAUGUGUAAUAUCUUUUUACUGAUACUUUUGUUGUUUUGCGUGUCUUUUAGGUUAGGGUUACGUCAAAGAAUCGAGGUUUGAGAAGAUCGUCCAUGGACCUUCACUCUUCUUGAAGCAUUUUUGAGAUAUGUUGUGUGUGUAUAGUUCUGAUGAUUAUGUGUUUGUAUAUCACUUUUAUGGUUAUACUGUAAUACCAUCUAAAUCAUAGUUUUUGUUGCUUUAUGCUAUUACCAUCUUUUCAACUUUUUUCAUGUAAGACAAAUCUUUUGAAUAUUUAGAAGUGAAUAUCUUUACACAGAACUAAUAGUGCAAAACGAUUUUACUUUUUUCUAGCAUUUAACACUUUAUACUCAAAAAAAAUUACAUGAUAUUUUACUAGUAAGAUCUAUAUUGAAAAAAUGUAUAUAUUAUAAAUAUUUUAUACUAAAAAUCCUAAGAUUUUUUCUCACUUUUCCUUACAAAGCUGUGCAUAUCAAUCCCAUUAGUUAAGAUUAUAUCUCAUUUUUAUUUUCCAUUUAUCAUUUUCUAUUUCAUCCCUCAAACUUUGAAUACAAAUAUAUUUAAAAUGCAUCUGAGGAGACUUUCUUGUUAUUAUCACCUUUUUGAAUUAUUAAGUUCCUAUCUUAAUUUGAUUUGAUUAGAUUAGAUAUGCCCAAGUAAUUUGACUGUGUUACCAUUCUUAGCUAUAUAUGGUUGAAUUUGAUCAAAUAGUACACAAAAUAAUGAAAUGUGCCAAGUCAAAUUUUUAAUAUCUAAAAUAAGUAUUUGUGGAAUCAUAUAUAUUUUAUUAAACCUUUUACAGAAAAUAAUACAAACUAUGAUAAGACCAUGAACACAAUACAAUAUCAACUUUUUAAUCACUGAACUAAAAACACGUAACUAAUUCAUAUAAUUACUAAAUAUUAUCUAUGAUUGGAAAACACAUAUAUACUGUACUUUCUUGUCUUCUAAUGUUGAUUGUACUAUAAAUAUUUUUAUGAAUGUAGUGGAGAAAAUAAAUUCAUCAUUAUUUUGGUCAUUAUUAAUUUAGAAAGAAUUUAUAUCCAUUUGUAAUUUUGUGUACAUUUUCUUAUUUGAUUUUUAACGUUCAAAUCAGUUAAUAAAUUUAUAGUUUAAUGAUUUCACACCACUCAAAAAUAACUGUUCAGAACAAAAUUUAACAAAUAAUACAAAUUAUUAUCGUUUUUUGUAAAAAUAGAUUACUUUUAGUUUGAAUAAAAGUCAGUCAUACUAUAUUUACCACAAAUACCAAAUUUAAUAUUUGAAAUCUGUUUUUGUGGUCAAUCUUCAAGAUCUAAAAUUUAAAUAAAAAUAGAAAAGUAAUUUUCCUUCCUGUAAAAUUUAUAUAAUUCUUCUCAAUCUUUUUUCCCCAUAUAUAGUGCAUUAUCAUUUCACAUUGCCCAAGUCUCUCUCACCCUAUGGUAAAUAUAUAAAUUUUGACCUAUUAUAUAGCCUCCCCAUCAGUUAUUCUCAUUUCUUCAUCUCUGGGUUCCUCACAA